AUGGUUGAGGGGUUCCCGCCUCCAGUCAAUGCUGACCAUCCCACCCCCUCCCCCUUCCAGGGUUCAGUGCUGGAGGCAGCAGUCUUUGGUCUUGACCCCUACAGUCGGUACAGUCUCCGUGUGGAAGCUGUGAAUGGGGCAGGCAGUGUUUCCAGUCCAUGGGUGGAGGUCAUGACCCUGGAGGCUUCUCCGACGGGCCUGGGAAACAUCACAGUGGAGCAGAGAGAGGAGGGCAGAGCGUUGCUGCUCAGCUGGGAUGAGCCGCGCGCUCCAAAUGGAGUAAUCACGAUGUAUAAUUUGUACAGUGAGGGGAACCUGGAGUUCAGCGGACUAUUGCGGAGUUUCCUGUUCCGUCGUUUGGAGCCAUGGACCGUUUACUCUCUGAUUCUUGAAGCCUGUACCGCAGCAGGCUGCACGCACAGCCCUCCUCAGCACAUCAUCACAGCAGCGGCGCCACCUGCUUCCCAGCUGCCCCCCAGGCCUCUUUCAGUCGGCCCCGACCAUGUGUCGCUUACUUGGUACCCUCCCUCACAACCCAAUGGGUUGAUUGGAGAAUAUUCUUUGCUUGGAAGGAAUUUGGAUGAGAUGGGGAGGUUACGAAACAAUGAAGAGGAUACCGAUGGGGGAAAGGUGCUCUUCACAGAAACAUCCCCGCAGCAAGCUGAGUCCUUCUCCUACACAGUAACUGAUUUGCGCCCCUGGACCCAAUACGAGUUCAGCAUCUGUACUCACAACCCAGCCGGACACACCUGCAGCCCCUGGGUAAAUGUAACAACUAGACAAGCCCCCCCUCGUGGCCUAGGCCCUCCAACUGUGAGUCACGUCCGGGGCCGGCCAAGUGAGGUGGUCAUAUCCUGGGCUCCUCCGUUGGAGGCAAACGGGGUUUUACAGUCCUACAGAAUACAGAGAAACAAUGUCAGUUUCUCGUUCAGUUUUGACCCGGAUGUCCUGACCUACACAGACGAAAACCUGCAUCCAUUUUCACUAUAUAGCUAUUCAGUGACAGCCUGCACCUCUGAGGGGUGUAUAACCAGCCCCCAGACCAACAUCACAACGCUAGAAGCUCCACCUGCUGUGGUGGAAGCCCCCGCAGUGGACGCCAUAACUUCUGAUCAUAUAAACAUUUCAUGGAGUAAACCGCUGAUGCUGAACGGAGAGGUGACAGAAUAUGUCCUGAAACUGAACAACAAGGAGGCUUAUCGAGGGAGAGACCUCAAAACGACGCUGUCAGGUCUGCAGCCAUAUACGUCCUAUCAACUGGUUCUGUUGGCUUGUACCAGAGGUGGCUGCACUACCAGCAACACAAUAACCGUAGUUACUGAGGAAGCUCCCCCAACUCACCUGGCUCCCCCAACUCUUAAGGUUACUGGCCCCGAGUCAGUUGAGAUCACCUGGAGACCACCCAAUCAUCCUAAUGGGAUCAUCACUGGGUAUGAGCUCUCCAGAGAUGGUGAAGUUAUCUAUGUUGGCACAGACACCCAUUAUCAUGACUUCACUCUUCUGCCAAGCAAGGAGUACAGCUAUAUUGUCAGGGCCAACAACAGCAGAGGGGCUGUCAGCAGCAACGUAGCCACAGCAAAGACUCAUUCAUCAGCUCCGUCUGGUGUGGGCUUCCCAACACUAACAUCACUGGAGGCAACCCAGGUUAGAGUAGAGUGGCAGACGCCAGCUAGACCUAAUGGAGACAUUGUGAGGUACACUGUGUAUCUGAGAGAUCCAGUCCAGUCUAACAUCACCAGUGCUGUCUUCACUCCAGAGGACAAAGCCUUUUCUGACAAGCAAAUCAUUCUGCGUGGGCUGGGUCCUUACCAUAGGUAUGAAGUGAGGGUAGAGGCUUGCACAGUGCUUGGCUGUUCCUCCAGUGACUGGUCCUCAGUACUCACGCUGGAGGCUCCCCCUACUGGUCAGCGGGCACCACUUUUAGAUCUCACAUCUGACCCUCAUACCGGCCUGCAGACAAGCUUUCUUCUCACCUGGUCCCCCCCGGCCCAGGCGAAUGGUAGGAUCAUCCAUUACGUGGUCCACCGCAGGCUGGGCGCCUCAGACAGAGACGAGACGGGUUCAGCAACAGUUGUUUACAAGAAUGUCUCUACAUCAUUCAAUGACAGCGGACUCCAGCCUUACACGGCGUACCAGUACCAGGUGUGGGCUGUAAAUUCAGCCGGUUAUGCUUCCAGUCCAUGGGUCAGUGGCAGAACAGGACCUGCUCCGCCUCAGGGUGUGGGGCUGCCUAUUUUUCUGGAUGUUUCUGCAACCUCAGCAGUCGUGGACAUACACCCUCCGGCUCAACCCAACGGGAUUGUGAGCCUCUUCAGGGUGUUCUCUGUGGACCGCGACAAUCACACCCUGGUCUCUGAGGGCACGUCCCAUCAACAGACGCUCCAUGGGUUACGUCCUUACACUCAGUACUGGGUGGGAGUUGAGGCCUGCACCUGCUAUCAGUGUUGCAGCCGGGGUCCAAUGAGAGAGCUUCACACCCUUGCUGCCCCCCCAGCCGACCAACGUCCCCCUCGUCUCAUUACCCUGACCUCCCGCUCGGUUCAGAUGGAAUGGGACGAGCCGAAAGCACCUAAUGGAGUCAUCGAAAGCUGCGAGCUUCAUAUCAGGUCAUCCUGCCCUCAGCCCCCCCAGCCAAUACCAUCAGCUUGCACUGAGGGACCAACAGAAAUCUGUUUCUUUGGCAAACAGCGGAGCUAUAAUGUCACAGGUCUCCAACCAUACUCUACCUACGAGCUGAGGGCUGCCUGCUUCAAUAACAUGGGCAGCACUGCCUCCAACUGGACAGCCGUCAGCACACUCAGCGAACCCCCCCAGUAUGUGUCUCCGUUCUCCGUGGACAGCAACCUGACAGUGAUCUGGCUGGACUGGGCGGGGACCUUUUCCCUCAACGGGUACCUGAGGGAGUACACCGUGACCGAGAGCCAGCUCAGAGUUUACAGUGGCUUCUACAGCUACCUUCAUAUUCCACGCACCUCACAGAAAACUCUGUCCUUUCAGGUGACUUGUAUCACAGACAGCGGCAGUGCCAGCACACCCACCAUCAAAUACAGCCCAGCCACUGGUCUUGGUCCACUUGAGCCUGUUGAUGGUGAUAAGCAGGGUGUCAGCAUCUCAGCCACGCCUGUUUACUCUGAAUUGUGGUUUAUUCUGUUGUUCACUCUGCUGGGUCUGUUCCUGCUUGCAAUACUGAUCGGCUUACUGCUAAAAAGAGCUUUGAGGAAGAAUCCGUCAGCCAGACAGCGCCCUCCACUGGUCAUGCUUCAGAAGACCAGAAAGGCUGGAGGAGACACGUACACGUUUGACACUGUAGCAGACUGUGUUGAGAUCAGCAACAUUAUACUUAAAAGCUACACUGUGUACACAGAGGGCCUGACAGACACAAAGAUUGUUGGCAGCAGCUCACGCUACAGCCCCAUGUCUGUCCUGCGGGCUCCCAGUCAAACAGACCUAACACAAGCCUACUCUCAGCAUUCCCUGCACCGCAGCGUCAGUCAGCUGAUUGACAGGAAGUCACUGAUGAUGGAGGAAGGAUGCUGGGAUAACCCACUGGGACAUGAUUCUGGACUGUAUGUGGAAGAAGAUGAGUUUGUGGACGCCAUAAAGGCCUUAAGUUCUGGGAAAAAAGAGCACACCAUGUUCACUGACACUCAUCUUUAGGACAAGAUUCCAGAAAAGACAAGGCUGUAAACACGGUAAAACACUCGUCCUGUUUGGAGUCUUUUUAUCGUGCCCCAUCAGUUGUAUGAGCUAAGCAGUCUUUGCUUGAGUAGAGUCGGGGACACAACAUUAAUGUUACAAUUUAGAGUUUACAUAUAGACUAAAGCCUUCAUAUCUGGACAUUUUAUAGCAUAGAUCAGUGAUCCUCAACCCUGGUCCUCAGCUGCCAUCAGGUGCUGCAGAAGCCAGGUUUGUGGCAGCAAGGGAACACCUAAAAAGUGACGGACAGUGGGUCCUGAGGACCAGGGUUGAUAUCCACUGGCAGAGUUUGUUUGUGAAUGUUUGGGUUAGAUUAUCAUCCACUUUGUCUGCUUGCCAACUGCUUUUAGAGGGUUUAAAUUCUCAGUACGAGCAAUCCAGAAGCAGGUUCAUGUCCUCGCCUGGUAAUUGUGCCUAUUACUAUAUCUGUAAUCGACACCGCUGGGGCUUCAAUUGUAGACGGACGCAUGGCCUUCAUGUUAUUGUUACUAGAGAGACUUGCCAACUUUUUAAUGUUUAUUAUUAUUAUUAAUGUAAAUGUUGGUGGUAAUCGCAGAUGUGCUGUUUGUUGUGAUGUAACCCAAAAGUCCAAACUGAGAUUUUGUCUUACUGUAUCUUUGUGAAUUUUCUGCUUAUUGCAAUUUAAAUGUAAAACAAAUGGCUGAUAGUCAAUCAAAUGUGUUUACUUGUUAAUGUGAUCACUGACUGUUAUUAUGUCUGUGGCUUACAGAUUAUUUCAGUGUUGUCUUGUUAAAAACUUCAAUUUCAACUAAAAAGAGACAAAGGGAAAGUCCUGUUUAUUAUCAUUUAUAGGAGUAAAAACACUGAUUACGUCUAGAUUCCACAAACUGAACCUAGAAACAGUAUUUAUUAGAGAUAUAUUUACUUAUAUUUGAAUGUUGAUGACUUAUAAUAACUUAUGUGUACAAUAUUCAAGUUUGUUGUUAUGACCAACCUUUUUUUAAAAAAAACACUGGCAGUAUUAUGUAUGGACGUAUGUUUUUUUUUUGUUUUUUUUAAUACUUCAUAGAUUGAGUAUUUUCAGGUGAAUAAUUAAAGGAAAUGAUCAAAAUCUGAA